UAUUAACCUAAUUUCCUUCUACGAACAUGUUUAGCCUCCUUUGGACCUGGAUCUUAAUAAUUAGUUUAUGUUGUUUUCAUUGCAACCAUGGUUGUAACGCAAACUGCAAAAAUAACACCUGCGAUGCAUCUAACAGUUGUACAGAAGGAUGUAAAGAUGGUUACUGGGGACCUACCUGCACAUCGAAUUGCUCAAUAUCAUGCUUUCGGAAGGCGUGUGAACAAACGUAUGGAAGAUGUAUUUAUGGAUGCAUACCGGGAAGAUAUGGAGACAUGUGCAAUGAAUAUUGUGAUUCAAAAUGUUAUGAAGCGGUUUGCUUUCAAAACGGAACUUGUUCGAGAGGUUGUGUUCAAAACUGGACGGGUCACUCAUGUAACAGAUGCGUUGCCACUAAUUUUGGAACUAAUUGCACUGAUCGAUGCAGUGUAAACUGUUUUCAAAUUGCAUGUAAUAAGGAAACUGGUGUCUGUACGUAUGGAUGCACUACGGGGUUCUAUGGAGACGUUUGUGAUAAGCAAUGUAGUACCUGUCCAAUAGGAUGUGACAGAAUCAGCGGUGUAUGUAGUAAAGAGUGUUCAAUAGGCAGAUACGGGGAACAUUGUGACAAAAUGUGCAAUGUGUCAUGUGACAAUGGAUGCCAAAAAGACACAGGAGUCUGCAAUAACUGCAUUAUUGGACUAUUUGGAGAUGUAUGCGGCAAAGAAUGUAGCACGUGUCCGGCAGAGUGUGAUAGAAUCACAGGAGAGUGUAUUGGUGAAUGUACGGUUGGCAAGUUUGGCAAGCUCUGUAACAUAACAUGCGAUCUGGAAUGUGAAAACGGAUGUUCAAGAAUAACAGGUGUUUGUAACAACCGAUGUGAAGAUUUCUGCAACAAGUCCUGUAAUAAUUUUGAAAAAGAAAGUGCUAAUGCAGCUGGAGUUAAAGGAUCGGAUGAUUCAAAGUCGGCAAAAAUGCCAACUGUGUAUGGCCUGAUUGCAGUUCUGUGUAUAAGUAUCUGUAUACAUGCAGGUACCAUAUUCUGGAUCUUUAGAAAACGAUUCAUAUCAAAAGUAGACACGAGCUGUUCCUCUUCUCCCAAAGAAACAAUUCCAGACCCUGAGAUCCAAGACAAAGUGGAUAACAGCACAGUAUACCAGGAAUUAGAAAACUUAGCCCAUAGAAGACCUGUAUUUGAACUACAUCCAUGGCCGACAACAGAUAGAGACUAUGGCAGCCAAAACGCUGUUGACGGUCUGUACACUGAUCGCUCAGCAGCAGGUGGUCAGUGUUCCAUCUCUGCUGACAACAACUACACAGAAGCUCUUUUGAGAAUCGAUUUAGAGGCUGUAGUCAGCAUAAGCUACAUUACAAUUUACUUCAGAACUGAAAAUCAACAAAGACCGACGGUACAUUCUUCGAAGAUGGCGGGAUUUUUCUUGUAUGUUUCGAAUACAACAUCAAUAAACGAUGGAUAUUUAUGCUAUCAUGAAAUACAGAACGAAGUUGGCACGCCUUCAGAGAACCAGAAUAUAAGCUGUUCCGUUCAUGGACGCUACAUCAUUUUUUACAAUGAACGCAGACCGGAGGUUGUUUAUCCUGACUACUAUUCAGAGUUUGCCCACAAUGAGGUGUGCGAGGUGGAAGUUUACGGUUGCAGAGAACCUGGAAAUUUUGGAGAAAAAUGUUCCUUAACAUGUCCCGAGAAUUGCCAGGAAAAGAGGUGUAACAUCAGCACAGGAUUUUGUCUUGGUUGCCUCCCGGGAUACAAGGGCCCGAGCUGUAAAGAUGUGUGUGAUGAAUUGACCUUUGGAUUGGAAUGUGCAUCAAACUGUAGUAGAUGUAGAAAUGGAACACCGUGUCAUCAUGAAAAUGGGACUUGUCUUCAAGGAUGUGAUGAAGGUGUUUCUGGCGAUAUGUGUCAGUCCGUGUGUCAUGAUGGAUAUUACGGUAUAACAUGUUCGCUCCGAUGCAGCAAAAAUUGUUAUGUGACCAGUAGGUGCGACAGGAUCACAGGGAAGUGUGUGGAAGGAUGUAAACCAGGUUGGAGGACAGAUUCCUGUGAACUAAAGUGCCUGGAUGGUUAUUUUGGAUCCGAGUGUCGAAACAAGUGCGGUUUUUGUUUGAAUGUCAGCUAUUGUCACCACAUCAAUGGAAGCUGUUUGAACGGAUGUUCAAAUGGAUACAAGGGAGGGUGUUGCAAUGAAGUUUGUCCUAAAGGUUACUUUGGACCCGAUUGUUUGCACAAAUGUAGCACCUACUGUACUGGAAAUGAAUCCUGCAAUCGAUUCACCGGAGUUUGUGAUGAAGGUUGUAAGGACAACUGGAGUGGUCCCAUAUGUGGAACGCGUAUAUCUUCAGGUUUGUUUUGA